GUGGAGUUUUAAAAAAGGAAAAGGACAGGUUUGAUUAGGUGGUUUAGUUAAUGCAGUUUAAAGUCGUUUGAGUGGGGGCUUUUUACAAAUUAAACAUGCUACUCUGCUUCGCCCUAUAAGCAUCCUAGGAGCCUGUGCUUACCAAUCAAUUGGUACAGUCAAACAGAGCCGCAGCCUGCGUUAGAGUGGAGACCUUCAGUCUCGCUUUAUUUCUGGAUAUUGGGGGACUUCUCUACCAUGUCAUAUCCACAAUUUGGAUAUCCCUAUUCGUCUGCUCCACAAUUCCUGAUGACAACUAACUCUCUGACCACUUGCUGCGAGUCCACCGGCAGAUCCAUAGCCGAUUCCGGAGUAGCGGCUUCCGGACAGACACCUGUCUACUGUCCCGUGUAUGAGAGCCGGCUGCUGGCCACGGCGAGACACGAGCUGAGCUCAGCCGCUGCGCUGGGAGUGUACGGGAGCCCUUACACCAGUGGUCAAGGCUAUGGGAAUUACGUUACAUAUGGCACGGACGCAUCCGCUUUCUACUCACUGGGUACAUUUGAUACUAAAGAUGCCACAGCUUCUGCGCAUGCGGGAAUAACCCAGGCCACAGCUUACUACCCCUAUGAUCCUACCUUGGGGCAGUAUCAGUAUGACAGAUAUGGCUCCAUGGAUGGGGGAACAAGACGAAAGAAUGCUACACGAGAGACAACCAGCACGCUGAAGGCCUGGCUACAGGAGCACAGGAAGAACCCAUAUCCGACUAAAGGAGAGAAAAUCAUGCUGGCCAUUAUCACUAAAAUGACCCUGACGCAGGUCUCCACCUGGUUCGCAAAUGCUAGAAGGAGGCUCAAGAAGGAGAACAAGAUGACAUGGCCGCCGAGAAACAAGGGCUCAGAGGAGAAAAGAUAUGACGAUGAUGAGGAUGGAUCUCAAGAGGAGCAGAUAAAAAGCGAGAACAAUGACGAUGAGACCACAAGCCGGCCCGACAAGGACCUCCAGUUGAGCGACCUGGACGAUUUCGACACGCUGGAGUCUGAAAGCUCUGAGUGUGAGCUGAAGCACCGAUAUCACAUGAACACACAUAUGACCACAACGACAACCGACUGCCCAGGCGAACACCUCCUCAAGGACGCGUCUCUGAAACUCUCCAUCCCCGUUUCUCUCGGAGAGGAGCAGGACUUGAGCAAGAGUUGUCUCAAAACGAAUCAUAACGACGGCUUCCAGUCGGACAGCAGACAGCAGGAAAAGGCGUGCUAUAAUCAGCAGCAAGGGCACCAGAUAUUAGACGGCAAACCUCGGAUCUGGUCUUUGGCGCAGACCGCGACGUCUCUGAACCAAACUGAGUACCCAUCCUGUAUGCUGAGGUGCCAGCCCCCGCCCUCCUCCCUCACCCCGUCCCCCGCCGCUACCUCCCCCGUGACCGGCCUGGACAGGCAGGACUCGCCGGUCACAACCCUGAGAAACUGGGUGGACGGGGUUUUUCACGACCCCUUGUUCAGGCACAGCACUUUGAGCCAAGCCCUGACCAACACCACCGUCUCUUGGACCACGAACACCAAAGGCACAAUUCUGGAGGCUGAGAGAAGCACGUCGGCCUUGCAGCAGCAUCAAAACUCCUCCAAAGACAGUGCCAUGAGUUUUCCAAAAACUAUCAAUAAACUUUUCUGCUCCUAACAAAACCAAAUGAUCCUUUCUUGCAAAGAGAGUGGAAGACUUUUUGUGACUAAAACUCGGAUGGAAGAAAAAAGAAAAGAAAAGAGAGAGAGAACUAUUGCGUGUCUAUGAUUCCCUUGUUAUGUUUUAUUCUUUAUUAAAACAGUUGUAGCCAUAAACUGUUACACUCGAGUUACAGAAGGGAAACAUUUCGAUUCAACGCACGCACAAAAAUGUAUAACAAAGUUUACAUCUUGGGAAAAA